AUGGUUUUAAGUACAGCCUCUUCAAUUCUCUCUCAAUCUCAACAACAACAACUCGUUCAAGAACUUGAAAUCUUCAAGAUUCAAGGCAGAGAUAAACAAGGACAUGCCAUACUUCGCAUCAUAGGAAACCUUUUCCCUGCGAGGAUUGUGAAUCUGAAGGCACUGAAGAAAUACUUGGAAGAUGAAAUUUUUCCAAGCUUAAGUGAGAGGCCAUUCUCAGUGGUGUAUGUGCACACAGGGGUAGAUGGAAGUGAGAACUCACCUGGAAUAUCAGGUUUAAGAUCAAUCUACAAGGCCAUUCCAAUCAAUAUCAGAGAAAAUCUGAAGGCAGUUUAUUUCCUGCACCCUGGCUUUCAGUCCCGACUCUUCCUUGCCACCUUUGGACGUCUCCUUUUCCCAGGAUGGUUUUAUUGGAAGCUGAGGUAUAUUAACAGGUUGGAAUAUCUGUGGAAUAACAUAAGGAAGAAGGAAAUUGAGAUUCCAGAAUUUGUGCAUGAACAUGACGAGGAGCUCGAGUACCAUCGAGCCAUGGACUAUGGAUUGGAGAGCGAUCACCCAAGAGUCCCUAAUCUUGACACUACAGUAUCCACCUACUCCAUGAGGUGUAUUACUUAA